UUUUUGAAGACCACACAAGUUCAGACAGAAACUCAAAUGUUGUUCAAUUGACACUUCAUCUCGUUUUAUUUUACCAACGGCUACUGUCGGUCUGGCACAUCGUUUUUUGAUCUUACGUGAGUUCUGACACAACCCCCCAUUCCCAUGGCCUCUGCCCUGAGCCAUCUCUCUCCAAUGUCUGGAAGAGAGAGAGAAGGAUGGAGUGAUGGAGGAGGAGAGGACCAGGUGGAGGAUGAGUUUGCAUGUUCCGGCGCGCUACGCGGAGCCCUACUGUCCUUCCACCCCUCCCUGGAGAGGAUAUUUGGGGUGUCCUUUAUGAUCGGGAGAGAGGAGGAUGCUGUGUUGCCACAUGAUGGACAGAUCUGGCUUAAACUAACAGGAGGAAGGAACGACGUUGUGGCUGCCAAAUUGUUUGUUAAGGGAGUUGUGAACCAGGAGGCCCCGCAGGAGGUUCCGUAUCCAGGGGUCCUUCACUGUGUGUUCUGUGGAGCACGGGGGCUGUUCAUGGACUGCCUGAUCAGAAACACCUCUGCUCGCAUAGUGGUGGUUUCCCCAGGCUUCCUGCUCAUCUCAGGUCUGGCAGAACCAGUGGUCAGGGCCUACUCCCUGAUCACAGACCUUGUGGAGCGCUCCAAGGGCACCCAGGGACAACUCAGCGAGCCUAGUGACAGGACAGCAGGCGAGACCCUGGAUUCUCGUCGGGCCUUCAAGUCCCUGGUGGAGAGAUGGGAUGACAGGCACACUCUGGACCUGCUAGUGCUACCGGGAGCAGUGAAGGAGACUUUACUGGAUCUGGUGAGGGAAUCUUGGCUGGGAUCUAACACUGGUCCCGGGGGCUUGAACCCGGGUCAUGGGGGUUCAAACCCAGGUCAUGGGUGUUUAAAUCCCGGUCCAGGGCUGGGCUUGAACCUUGGUCUUGGGGGGUCUAGAGACGGAGUGGGUCUAAUGGACACUGAUACACAGAGACUAUGGGACAGCCAAUACGAAUUAGAGGCACUAACACUUAUGGAUAGCAGAAUAGGGACCAGAGCUGGAGAGGCAAGGGACAUACAGGAAGUGCAGGGGAUUUCAAUGACCAAAUCAACGACCAAACCUUCCGAACAUUCCUACCACAACCAAGACCCUGGUCUACGGAAUAUUGAACAGUUUUCUCAACAGACGUUCACUACCGCACCUGUAAAAGGUAGAGAGGGAAGCAGAUAUGGGACACACGGAGGGAUAGGGAUUGGGAACGAAGCAGCCCCCCGAGAUCCCAUCUUCCACUCUUUCCCCCAAAACGAAGACAUUCGUGGUCGAGCCGAGGGGUCGGAGGGGGCAAAAGAGGUACAAGGGCAUUCCCCACAGGAGGUAAAGGAGGGACACCUGGAAGAGGAGGAGGAGAUGGAGACAGAGGAGGGAGAAGGGAACAUGUUGUCAGUAGGGAGCAAGGAGGAGUUUGGCCUGCUUCUGAAGUUCUUCACGGCUAUGGGCUAUGCGGAAGACGUGGUACUGAGGGUCCUAGCCCAGACCAGACCCAGAGAAGCUUCCCAGAUCCUGGACCUGGUGCAACAAGAGCAGAACCGGACCAGACUGGCCAUGAACGGCCUUGUGGAGCUAGCGCAUAGAGAGGUGGAGGAGAGGGGAAGAGAGGGGGAGGAGUGCGGAGGUGAAGAAGUGAGAGGAAAGAGAAGCGGUAUAGAUAAAAGAGUGGAGAUGGAAGGAGGCGUGGGAGAAGGGGUGAGGGCUAGAGAAGAGCAAAGAGAGGAGAAGGGAAGAGGGGGGGAGAGUGCAGGAUUGUCUGAAGAGGUAGGGAGAGGUGAGGGGGGCAGGGAGAGCGAUGAAGGGAACAGUAAGGGAGGAGAGGUGGGGAACGAGGAGGAUUUUGUACUGGGGGUGCUGAAGAGGGCUGCGGCCAACUGUGGGUACACAGAGGAGAAGGUAACAGAAGUAUACAGUACGUUACCUGAACUGUCCAUACGUCAGCUACUCCUGGAGCUACAGAGAGAAGGCACCAGAGAGACAGAAGCCAAAUCCCAGGACAGGGUACGUGACGAACCAAGAGAGGUGAAUGAGGUUGACUCAGAGGUACGGAAAAAGAAGUGCAGAAAAGAGGAAACGGAGAAGGAGAGGGGUAAAGAGAGGAAGGCACCGGCACAAACAUUCACAACUACUGAAAACCGAGGAGUAGAAAGGAAGAAUGCCAAAGGUGAAAGGAAGACGGAUGAGGUAGGAGGAGUGAAAGUGCCAAACCGAACCGUUGAUGGCCCAGUUAGGGUUGAACCGGAUCUGGCUCAGUGGAAUGCUGUGAUGAACCAGGUUCCAUUCCCGACCCAUGGUCUCCAGAAGAACCCCACACAGACACGACAGCAGCCCGCCCAGACACACACCCCCCGUCGAGCCAGCCCCCCUUUAGUCAGAGGGCCUCCCCAGCCCACCUACCCCAUCACACUACCUCCACAACCCACCAACCUUCCCUUAUUUCCCCAUCAACUUGUUUACCCUCUCACCCAGCCACACCAGACCACCUUAGACUCCGCCCUCACCGUGAAUAACUCCUCAGCAACCAGAGUGAAGGAGAAACGGGGUUUCCUUACCCUAGCAACAGAGGUUCCAGAAAGAAAGGGUCUCCCUGCCCCGGCUGUUGAAAGAUGGGGUCUCCCGCCCAUGGCAGCAGGGUCUUUAGUGACGGGGCAGCAGCGCUUCCUGGAAGGACUACAGACGCCCUUUGACCUCAAGCUGACUGACCAACCAGGAGACCCAGGGCUCAGGAUGGUGGUCAUCGACGGGAGCAAUGUUGCCAUGAGUCACGGUCUGGGUCAUUUCUUCUCGUGUCGAGGAAUCGCCCUGGCCGUGCAACACUUCUGGAACCGCGGCCAUCGCAGAGUCAGCACCUUCCUGCCCCAGUGGAGGCAGAAGAGAGACUCCCGGGUCAAAGAGCAGCACUACCUUACUGACCUCCAGAACCUGGGUCUGCUCUCCUACACCCCCUCCAGAGAGAUCGAGGGGAAGAGGAUAAACUCAUACGAUGACAGGUUCAUGCUGCAGCUGGCCCAGGAGACGGAUGGAGUGAUCGUGACAAAUGACAACCUUAGAGACCUGCUGGAUGAGUCCCAUAAAUGGAGAGACAUCAUCAAGAAAAGACUCCUCCAGUACACGUUUGUAGGUGAUCACUUCAUGGUGCCUGAUGACCCGCUGGGCCGAGAAGGACCCCAUCUGGAUGACUUCCUACGCUCACUGCACUGGACUCCUGUCCCAGGCAGUCACUCAUUUGCGGGCAUUGCCUCCACCCCCUUCCCCCAAGCUCCCAGGGCCCAGACAGAGGUCCUGAAGUCCAGCCAGGCCCGUGGCAGAGGGAAAAGGAAGGGGCAGGCUAAGGCUGGACACGGUAGCCCUGGAAUGGACCUUGUUCCGGGGAUGGGCCUUGGCCUGGAUAUGGAGAGGAGUGCAGCAGAGACCUCCAGACUUAGGGAGAGCUUAUCCCAGGUGUUCCCAGGACAAGACAGCAUUGUUACUCUGGUGCUGCAGUGUAACCCUACAGUGACUGACAUCAAUUCACUGUCAGACUUUAUGCUGCAGCAAUAGAUGGAGAGUGAGCAGGGGGGUGUAGACUGAGUAAUGGGGGGAGGAUGCUUGUUUGUUUGUGUGUGUGUGUGUUUGAGGUGGUAUUCCAGAAAAAUAAGACUACUAUUCGAAUACCAAUAACUUUCACUUUCUUUCUUCCUUUCUAUUCAGUCGAGUCCAUCGUGUGUAUAUUGAUGUAUUAAUGUAUAUUAUUUAAGUGUUUGAAUGAUAGGUUUAGUUAAAAGACAGACAGAUCUUCAAAUUAUGUUUCUUAAUAGAUUUUUAUCCAAUUAAUGUUGGAAACAGGAUUUAAAUACUGCAACACAAUUUUUAAAACAUAUUUCUUACCCUUACAUUUUUAUUUUAUUUAUUGUAACACUUAUUGUAACACACUGGCCACUGUUGGAUUUAGUGUUAGGGAUGAGUAGUGUUGCUGAAUUCAGUGUACAAUGUUAUCUAUUAAACAUGACAUUACAGCAUGAAA